AUGGCCUCCAGCGACGCCAAGAAGCCACGGCACCGACACGCCCCUCAUCAACUAGUAGCGUUGAAUGAACUCUACGAGCAGACAGAGCACCCGACACUGGAGCAGCGCACAGCACUCGCUGAGCACCUUGGCAUGGAGACAAAGACCGUGAACUCGUGGUUCCAGAACAAGCGCGCGUCGUCAAAGAAGCGAACCAAGGCCCCGCUCACCCACUGCGAGCUUCCCCCGAUAUCUGCGCUCAUCGCCUCAGUCUCCGCCCCGCCCGUCCACCGCGCACCUCAGCAACAACAUACGCAUUCACACUCGCAUACAUAUGCGCACGGGGCAGUUGAGUAUGACGAGCUUUCGGACGACGAGGAGUCCGGCUACCCGCCCCACCCGCUAUCGUACCACGGACACCCGCACCCGCACCCACAUGCUCUUCACCCCUCGCUAGCUGGACGUGGGCUGCAGCACCAGUUGUUCUACGCAGAGGCGCACCCGUCGCCAAGCGAGAGCGAGGUGCCGCGCAAGGGGCGGGCGCGGCCGUCGGCGGCGCAGACGGUGGAGCUCAAAAAAUUGUACGCAAAGAAGGCACACCCCAGCAAGGAGGAGCGCGAAGCUCUGGGGACCAAAAUCGGAAUGCGUUACCAGAGCGUCACGAACUGGUUCCAGAACCAACGCAGCAUCGCGAAGAAGCGCGAAGAGACCGCCGCCUUCCGCGCCGUCCGAGCGAACACGCCCUUCGCCGUCCCGCCCUCCUCCAGCGCCGCCCACCCGUCCCUCAUCGGCGCGGUGCCCCCGCCGACGUCCCACCCGUCGCUCGCCGCGCUGCUGCACGGCGGACCCCCUCGUGCGCGCCGCUCGCCCAGCGCCGCCCCCAGUCUCAGUGCCGCGGGCAGCCGUCCUCCCUCACCGCGCGCGUCGCCGUACCCACUCAGCACUGCCGAUCGCGCCAUGCACAUGGAGCUGCAGCACCGGCGCCCGCGGCGGACGCGCCCCGAGCCGUGGCAGCUCGAGGCCCUGAAGAAGCUCUUCGGGCGGACGAAGACGCCUUCGAUUGAAGACCGGCAAACACUCGCGGCGGAGAUCGGGAUGGAUGUGGGCAAGGUCACGAACUGGUUCCGCAACCUGCGCCAGAGCGAUCGCAAGCGGGCGCGGACGGGCGGCGAGGUGGGCGCGGGGCGCCGAGCUCGCAUGGAGAGCGAACCGAUGGACGUCGUCGAGGACGAGGAGCGUACGCAGGGAAGCGCAUCGCGCGUGCCGACACCGAGCGUCUCGUCUGCCUCGGGCGUGGAGUACGUCAAGAUCGAGAGCCUGGACGAAAGGCAGCAUCCCGCCCUCGUUCAGCACCACCUCCACCAUAAUCACCAUCCGCACCCGCACCCGCACCAACCGUCGCAUCCUCUCGGCCGCCGGCAUAUCUCCCAGCCUCUUCCAUUGUACACGCGCACGCCGCUGUCGCACUCGCACUCGCACUCGCAGAGCGAGCUCGCCAGCGACGAGGACAUGCCUGAAGCUGUCACACCCUCGCCCUCGUCGUCACCCCCACCCUCGACUGUCGCCUCCACGUCGAGUUUGGCGCUUCCGUUGCCUCAUUCUCAUAUCAACGAGAGGAAAGUUUCAUUGCCGCGGUAUCCCCUCGACUACGGCCAUUACGACCACUCGAAGGUCCUCGACGCCACCAAACCGGAGCUGGUGGGGCCUGGGGUCAAGAUGGAAGACGCGCUUCUACUCCUCAGCUUCUCUCACGGUACAGCUGUGCAAUAG